CAGCUAGCCUUGCUCAGCCAACUCCUCAGCCUCAUGAGACCAUCGUCCCUCAGGCAGUGUCUGGGUGCUGAGACCUUGCCAUCCUGUCAGGGGCAACAGCCAAAGCCCAAUGCUGAGCUAGACCACAAGGUCUGCUAUCUGUGCCACAGCCUCCUGACACUGGCUGGGGUGGUGGUCAGUAGCCAGGAUAUCACUCCAGAUCAGUGGGGUGAGCUGCAGCUGUUGUGCAUGCAGUUGGACCGUCACAUCAGCACCCAUAUCCGGGAGAGCCCCCAGGCCAUGCACCGGACCAAACUCAAGGACCUCGCCACCCAGACCUACAUCCGCUGGCAGGACCUGCUGGCUCACUGUCAGCCCCAGGGCCAGUACUUCAGCCCUUGGAAAGACAUUUAAAGGGAUAAGGGCAAAUUUGCCCAGCUCCGGACUCCAGCAAGAAAGAACUGUAGGCGGUAAAGAAUGGAGGCUGGAGGCGG